GCCUCAACAAAGCUUUGACGUUCCCUACUCCGGCCGACGUUUCUCACUCCGUGCUUCUUCUUCUUCUUCCACUCACCGCCGCUCGUUGAGGGUCGACCCUUUCUCCGGCCUUCGGCCGUGAGACAGGGGCCGACUAAUCUUUUCCGUUCGUCGCUUUCACUUUUGUUUUCCUACUGUUUUUCUUCUAGGUUCUCGUUCUCCGAUCUCUUGAUGUCUCCUCUCUGCGCCGUCGUGUUGUUCUGUGGCGUCUCUCCUCCUCGCAACGUCUCAUCUCCGUCACUUUCCCAGGCGUCUCUUCUAUGCUUGGCCUCCUCGUAUCCUCCUCCCAAAGUGACCUUUCCGGAUGCGUCUUCGUCGGUGAGUAAAAGCUGUGACAGCUUCUUAUCAGUGACGUUUGUAGAUCCAUCUUUUCCGGCGUCUUUGUCCGGCGGAAUUGUCGAAGUCCCUUUGCUGGCUUGUGUCUCCUCCCUCUCCACCAGCCUCUCGAUGUCUCUCUCUCCUUUUGGAGAAGUGGUUUCUCUUGUAAUUGCUGGUGGUUUUUCUUCUUUCGCGUCUAUGCGAUGUCUUACUGCUAUGUGCAGUCUGUGGAGUCUGGUCUUGUUCCAGAUCUGUUCCAUUCUUGGUGAUUCGAGUGGUUCUUCAUUGCGGACAGUGAUCAUUGGAGUCCACGCCUAUUCCGUUGGCUGUGCUGCAUCUCCAUACUUUGCUGCUCCAUUCCUUCACCAUAUUCAGAUCGGCUUCCUUACUUGUGUAAGUUGCAGGUUUUAUUUGAUUAUGGGUUUAUCAUUCGUUCCAAAUUUCGCUUUUUUGCGACCUAUUACUGCAGUAUGCAGGUCUUUCGUUGUUGCUGUUGAAUUGAUUUCAGCCUUUGGUGCUGUGAGUUUGGUUUCUCUUUAUUGGUGGCAGAUUGAAAGAAAACUAAGCGACAAGUCUUCCCCAGUGAUUCUGGUUCUGUUGGGUCUUUGCUGCCCUUUUAUCUCCUUUAUGGAGAAAUUUCGUUUCCCAAAAUUCCCUCUAUUGAGUGGUUUGGAUGCUCAAGCGUCGCCGGUUUUGCAAGGAUCUUCCUCCUGGCUGAUGCUCUUCUCUGCUAUUGUUGCAUUUUUUGCAACUCCUCGUGCAGUGGAUGCAGUCAAUCAAGAAGCUUUUGAUAUCGUUAUCUUUCGAUUUCUUAUGGUCUCUUUCUUUGAUUUGUGUCAAUCUAUCUCUAAGUUUAACCAUUGUUUGGUGUUUUUUAUGGCAUUUGUUGCUUUGCUUUGGUGUGAUUCCUUUCUGCUGGAUGUAAUUCCUCCUCUAGUUUUAGAGUUUGACGCUAUCUAAAUUAAUGAAAGUAUGAGUUUGAU